AUGUUUAUCCAACUUAAUAAAUGCCAUUCUGCACUCAAUGUUAAACUGCAUACAGAAUUUUAUUGCUGCAAAUGCUAUGAAUUUGAUGAAGGAAAUCAAGGGAUUGCCAUUUUACUAUUUCAGACGCAAGCUCCCAUGAUCCCGCCUCCAAUAGCUCUUGAAAAAUGGCAAGCUCAGCUUUUACCUCAAUUUUCUAUAGACACUAUUUUUCAAGACUCUAAUUCUUCAAAUCCGUUAAUUGUGAGAUCUUACACAAAUCAACCAAAGAUAGUCCUGCGGAGUCAAUUUAAUUAA